AUGCAGGAGGAAGAAACAUAUACCUCUCUUCAGUGGGAUAAUCCAACACCAAACCAUUACGAAAAACCUCUUUCUUCCAACAAAUGUUCAGGAACCUGGUGUCUUGUGAUGCUGAUUUCGUGUAUUUUCUUCAUGGGCUCAUUAGCAACUUCCAUUUUCUUGGGGAUCAAGUUGUUCCAGAUGUCCACUAUUGCAAUGAAACAGCAAGAGAAACUCACCCAACAGGACAGAGCAUUGUUAAACCUUACACAAUGGAGAAGAAAGCAUGACCUUCAGAUGAAAUGUUGCCAAAUGUUUAUGCAAAACUCUUUCAGUUCAGCCCAUAACUGCAGCCCUUGUCCAGACAACUGGAUUCAGCAUGGGGAAAGCUGUUAUUUUUUCUUUGAAAAAUGGACACUUUGGCACCGGAGUAAAGAGUAUUGUUUCAAGGAGGGCUCCAAGCUUCUACAGAUAGACAGCAAAGAAGAAAUGAAUUUUAUAACUGAUAUCAUGAAGAAGACCAAAAAGGACCACCAGUACUGGGUUGGACUGUCUCAGGAUGGACUCAGUGGACUUUGGCUUUGGCCAGAUGGCUCCUCCCCUUCCUCUGAUCUGUGGUCAAUUCAGAAACUCCAAUCAAUUAACCAGGACUGUGGGUACCUCAAAGAGAAGGCCCUUUUUUUAGCUAACUGCAGCAGUUGGAAAUAUUUUAUCUGUGAGAUGUAA